ACCUCAUACAACAUUCCACAUCUUUCUUCCCAGAUUUUAAAGUAACACAGUACAGAAUAAUGGAUCAUCUUGAAGCUUCUCCAUCAGUCCAAACCAUGUCCACCACUUUCUGCUUCUUGUUCUUCUCCUUCGCUGCUCUCUUCUCUGUUUUUUCCUUUCUAGUCUUCGUCCUCAGGAUGAAGCCAUGCUGUAACUGCAAUAUCUGUCGGAGCUACCUGACCGCCAGUUGGGCUCGCGACUUCGGCAACCUGUGCGAUUGGUACGCUCACCUCCUCAGAAACUCGCCCACCGGAACCUUCCACGUCCACGUGCUCCGAAACAUAAUUACGUCGAACCCGGACAAUGUCCAGCACAUCCUCAAGACCCGCUUCGGUAACUACCCGAAAGGCAAGCCUUUCUCGACACUUCUCGGCGAUCUUCUUGGCCGAGGAAUCUUCAAUGUCGAUGGCGACUCAUGGAAGUUUCAACGCAAAAUGGCAAGCCUCGAAAUUAGCAGCGUAGCGAAUCGGUCCUAUGCGCUGGAUAUAUUCACCGAAGAGAUUCGAACGAGGUUAAUUCCUCUGCUGGCUUCCACCGCAUCUGGUGAGCGUGACGGAGUGUUGGACUUGCAAGAUAUCUUCCAACGAUUCUCCUUCGACAACAUUUGUAAGUUCUCGUUCGGGUUCGAUCCAGGAUGUUUGCUUUCAUCUCUUCCCUCGUCGAGUUUCGCUGACGCAUUUAACCUAGCGUCAAAGCUAUCGGCCGAGCGAGCAAUGAUGGCGUCACCGGUAAUAUGGAAGAUCAAACGGUUUUUCAACUUAGGAUCUGAGAAAAAGCUAAAGGAAGCAAUUCGCGUAGUGAACGAUUUAGCGGAGGGGAUGAUCAAACAAUCUCGGGAGAUGGGAUUUUCAGCGCGGAAGGAUCUUCUUGCCAGAUUCAUGGGCUCAGUCAACGACGACAAGUAUUUAAGAGACAUUGUCGUGAGCUUCCUCUUGGCCGGCCGUGAUACGGCUGCUGCAGCGUUGACCGGUUUUUUCAUUUUAUUGUCAAGUCACCCCCGGGUGGAGUUGUUGAUUCUUGAAGAACUGGACCGGAUCAUGGAUCCGGAUCAGGAGGUCGCGAGCUUUGAACAAAUGCGCCACAUGCAUUACCUGAACGCGGCGGUUCAUGAGAGCAUGAGGCUAUUCCCACCAAUUCAGUUUGAUUCAAAAUUCGCCGUGGAGGACGAUGUGUUACCGGACGGGACGUUUGUAAGCAAGGGGACCAGGGUCACAUACCACCCGUACGCGAUGGGCCGGAUGGAACAGAUCUGGGGCCCCGAUUGUCUGGAAUUUAAGCCCGAGAGGUGGUUGCAAGAUGGUGUAUUUGUGCAGGAAUGUCCAUUUAGAUACCCGGUUUUCCAGGCUGGUCCUAGGGUUUGUUUGGGAAAAGAAUUAGCUAUUAUGGAAAUGAAGUCUGUGGUUGUUGCGUUGGUCCGGAGGUUUAAUAUUCAAUCAGUUGGGGCAAAUCAGGAGCCUCGCUUCGUCCCGGGUCUUACCGCCACCAUGAGAGGCGGCCUUCCGGUUCAAGUUCAUGAAAGAAGACGCGGUGAUGCUUAACUAGGUAGAUCCAAAUUCACGGCCGCUUCCUCCUACAAAAUAUUCCUGCUACUUAAUUAAAAGGACUUCGGAACUCAUCCAAAUCCAUCGUUGAAUCAGACAUUUUUCUUUUCUUGCUGUUUGAAGUGAUGUAAA